GCCCGCCGUCCCCUCCCCGCGCGGCGGCGCUGACCAAUCAGAGCGCAGCGCGGCCAAAUGGCGGCGCGCGACGGGGCGGCCGUUGCUAAGGGCGGGGCGCGGUUGCCGGGGAGCGGGGGAUGCCGGGGGGGCGGGGCCUGGUUGCUAAGGGGCGGGGCUCUGUUGCUACGGGCGGGGCUUCGUUGCCGGGCUCUGGCCCGUGUUGCUAGGGGCGGUCGCGUUGCUAGGGGCGGGGCCUGACCGGGUUGUUAGGGGCGGGGUUUCUUAGGAUGCCGCGAGGCGCUGCUAGGGGCGUGGCCUGUUGCCAGGGAGCGCGUUGCUAGGGGCGGGGCCUAACGGCGCCGAGCGGGUGGCGAUUGGCUAUUGCGCGGGCUGGUUGUCAGGGGCGGGGCCUAUCGCCAUGACAACCAGGUGCCGCGGGCGCCGCGCGGGGCAUUGUGGGCCGGUGGAGGUCCGACUCCGGCCCACAAUGCCCCGCGGCACCAGCAUGGAGCAGUACCUGGUGCUGGGCCGCAUCGGGGAGGGCGCGCACGGCGUCGUGUUCAAGGCCAAGCACCGGGAGACCGGGGAGCUGGUGGCCCUCAAGAAGGUGCCCCUGCGGCGGCCCGAGGACGGGGUGCCCCCCCAGACCCUGCGCGAGAUCAAGGCCCUGCGGGAGAUGGAGCCCCACCCCCACGUGAUCCGGCUCCGGGCCGCCUUUGCGCAGGGCCCCGCGGUGGUUCUGGCUCUGGAGCUGCUCGUGGGGGACCUUGGGGGGCUCCUGCGUGCGGCCCCCGCCCCGCUGCCCCCGGCCCGCGUGCGGGCCCUGCUGGCCAUGACCCUGCGGGGGCUGGCCCACGUGCACGGCCAGCGCCUGCUGCACCGGGACCUCAAACCGGCCAAUCUGCUGCUGGACAGCGCCGGCCACCUCAAGCUGGCUGAUUUUGGGCUGGCGCGGGUGCUGGGCCCCACCCCGGGGCGCCCCUACAGCCACCAGGUGGCCACCAGGUGGUACCGAGCCCCCGAGCUGCUCUACGGCGCCCGGCACUACGACGAGGGCGUGGACCUGUGGGCCGUGGGCUGCAUUUUCGGGGAGCUGCUGACGCUGUCGCCGCUGUUCCCGGGGGAGAACGACAUCGAGCAGCUCUGCUGCGUGCUGCGGGCGCUGGGCACGCCCAGCCCGCGGGACUGGCCGGAGCUGCCGGAUUUCCCCAAGCUCUGGUUCCACGUGUGGGUCCAUACUGGGCAGCACUGGUCCAUGCUGGUCUAUAGUGGUCUGUACUGGUUUAUACUGGUCCAUACUGGUCCACACUGGUCCGUACUGGUUCCCGUCCUGCAGGAGCUGUCCGAGCUGCCGGAUUUCCCCAAGCUGCGGUUCCGCCCGCGGGCGCCGCGGCCGCUGCAGCUGCUGGUGCCGGGCGCCGACGCGGCCGCGCUGGACCUGCUGCAGCGGCUGCUGCGCUACCGCCCGCGCCUGCGGCCACGGGCACACCAGGUUCCAGGUGAGGCUCCGCCCCUGGGCCCGCCAGGCCCUGCUGCACCCCUUCUUCUUCGGGCCCCAGGAGCUGACCCCGCCCCCGCCCGCGGGGGGGCCCCGGCAGCCCCCCGACUUCAGCCUGGACACGGCGCUGGAGCUGCCCCCCCGCGGGGCCCUGGGACCCCUCCCCAACCUGGGGGACCCCCACUGACCCCCCCGCGGGGCCCUGGGACCCCUCCCCAACCUGGGGGACCCCCACUGACGCCCCCAUGGGGCUCUGAGACCCCUCCCCAACCUGGGGGACCCCCACCGACCCCCCCAUGUGGCUCUGAGACCCCUCCCCAAUUCUGGGGACCCCCACUGACGCCCCCCCAUGGGGCUCUGAGACCCCUCCCCAAUUUUGGGGACCCCCACUGA